AUGGGAAACUCUAGAAUCAAAUACAAAAAAGAAUAAUAGUAAAUUUUGGAAUCAGAAAAUGAUUUGCAUUUGGUUUUAUCCCCAUUAGGAGAUUUAGAUGAACAAGUUUUCGAUGUAAUUUUUUUAUUUUUAAAAUAACAAAAAAUUUAAGACUGCCUAGAAUUUCUUUCAAUAGAAGUAAAUCUAAGAAAUCACAAAUAACAGAUAUUCCAGCUAUAACACUUUUCUCAGAUGUAGGAAGAGCAGAAAGUAUUUGAACAUAAUAAUAUUACGAAACUUUCUAAUAUUAUAAAAUAAAUUAUUGAUCAUGACUUCAACAGAAACAAUUAUUCCACACCCACCUACAGAAAAAUUAGAGAAAAUUUAAUUACAAAAAUAUCCUAAGAUAAAAAAAUAAUCCAAUUUUUUUUAUUCUUAGUAAACCUUACAUCCAUAGAUCAUAGAUUUAUCUAAAGCGGAUCAAACUCAUUGAAUUUAUUAGUGGAAAUGAAGGUUGACUUGACAAAUCAAAAUUUUUAAAAAAUUAGGAUAAAGGAUUCUUCUUUAAUUGGAGCAAAUUUUUUCAAAUGCGAUUUGAGUGACUCUGAAUUUGAUAAUGUCAUCAUUAGUGGAAUGAAUUUAAACAAAGCUAAAUUAUUUAAUUGUAAAUGGAAGAAUUUAAGAAUAAAUGAAGUUAUGUAAUUAAAUUCCCAUGAAGGUAGAAUCAAUUCAGUCAACUUUUCUUCAGAUGGUAAAUCACUAGCUUCUAGUAGUGACUAUUGUAUUCGUUUUUGGGAUGUGAAAACAGGAAAAAUAAAGUUUGUAUCAAAAGGAGGAGGCAACACAAAAUCAGUUUGUUUAUCCCCUAAUUGUGCUACUUUUGCUUAAUGCUGUGGCAAAUUAGUGUAUCUAAGGAACUUUAAAACAGGGAAAUAAAUAUCCAAAUUAAUUUGUCAUACUAAAAAUGUAAAUAAAAUUUGUUACUCAUUUGAUGGUUUUACAUUAGCAUCAUGUAGUGAUGAUAAUUCGUUUCAUUUAUGGGAUGUUAAGGCAAGGUAAUAAUAAGCCUAAAUAGAUGGUCAUAGUAAUACGAUUCGAUCACUCUGUUUUUCACCUGUUUGUAGUACUUUAGCAUCUGGUAGUUAUGAUUAGUCUAUUUGUUUAUGGGAUGUGAAAACGGGAUAAUAAAAAGCAAAAUUAAAUGGUCACACUGGGGGAAUUUUAUCAGUUUGUUUCUCUCCUGAUGGCCUGAUAUUAGCAUCUGGUAGUUUAUUUGACUCUAUCCGUUUAUGGGAUGUUAAGACAGGAAAAUAAAAAGCAAAAUUAAAUAGUCAGACUAGCAAUGCCUUUUCAGUUUGUUUCUCUCCUGAUGGUACUAUUUUAGCAUUUACUCGAGAUGAUAAAUCUAUCCGAUUAUGGGAUUUUAAGACAGGAUAAUAAAAUACUAAAUUCGAAGGUCAUACCUAUGUUUUUUCAAUCUGUUUCUCUCCUGAUGGUUAUAUUUUAGCAUCUUGUAGUGAUGACAACUUUAUACGUUUAUGGGAUGUUAAUGCAGUAUAAUAAAAAGCUUAAAUAGAUGGUCAUAGUAAUAGUGUGCGAUCAGUCUGUUUCUCUCCUGAUACUACUUAAUUAGCAUCCGCAAGUGCAGAUAACUCCAUUCGUUUAUGGAACACCAAAACAGGAUAGUAAAAAGCAAAAUUAGAUUAUAGUAACAAUUGGGUAAAUACUGUAUGCUUCUCUCCUGAUUGUACUACAUUAGCUUUUAGUAGUGGUUAAUAAUUUGGAACGGAUAGCUCUAUUCAUAUAUGGAAUGUUAAGACAGGAUAAUAGAGAGCAAAAUUAAAUUGUCAUACAAAUUGGAUAAAUUCACUCUGUUUCUCUCCUGAUGGUGCAACAUUAGCAUCUGGUAGCGGUUAAUAAUUUGGUGAUGAUAACUCUAUUCGUUUAUGGGAUUUUAAAUUAGAAUAAUAAAAAGGUAAAUUAGAUGGUCACACAAGCGGAAUUUUAUCAGUCUGUUUUUCUCCUGAUGGCGUUACAUUAGCAUCUGGUAGUUAUGAUAACUCCAUCCGUUUAUGGGAUGUUAAGAAAGGGCUACAAAUAGCCAAAUUUGAUGGUCAUACAAGUCGUGUUAAUUCAGUCCAUUUUUCUCUUGAUAGUACAACAUUAGCAUCUGGUAGUGGUUAAUAAUUUGGUGAUGAUAACUCUAUUCGUUUAUGGGAUUUAAAAAAUGGAUAAUAAAAAGGUAAAUUAGAUGGCCACACAAGCGGAAUUUUAUCAGUCUGUUUUUCUCCUGAUGGCGUUACAUUAGCAUCUGGUAGUUAUGAUAACUCCAUCCGUUUAUGGGAUGUUAAGAAAGGGCUACAAAUAGCCAAAUUAGAUGGUCAUACUAAUGAAAUUCUAUCAGUCUGUUUUUCUUCUAAUGGCAAUACUUUAGCAUCUGGCAGUUCUGAUAAGUCUAUCCGUUUGUGGGAUUUCGAUACAGGAUAAGAGAAAGGCAAUCUAGAAGGUCAGGUUGAUAGUUCUGUUUUUUCACUCCCUUUUUCUGCGGAUACUACAGAAUCAACAUUUAGUAAUGAUAAAUCGAUCUGGUUAAAGAAUGUAAAAACAGGAAAAAAUGUGUUAUCAUCAAAUAAUGGUAAGAAAGAUUUGCAGACAUAAUCUAAACUCUCGAUUUUUAAAAGCAAAGUUGAUUUAGAAGGUGUCACUUUUCUUCUGAUUUCGCAAUAGUUAAUAUUUUAAUCAUAGGGUGCUUUAAUCUUGAAAGGAGAAUUUGUAAAUUUUUAAGGGAUAAACUUACAUACAUUAUUUAUUUAAAGAGGAGGUUGCUUUCUGGAAAGUAAUUUAGCAUUUUAAAAAUAGAAAAAUUGA